CUUCAUUUUCCCAUCAUGCAGCGGUGCAAAUGGCGCGGGUUGGAUGAAAUUUUCGAGUUUUUCCAAACUUUUAUCCGUAUUUUGCCAACUUACGGACUACGGGGAAGGAACUGGAUGUUUUAGCGAUGUCUGAAAAUAAAGAAGAGAAGAAAGAAGAUCCAAAGGACCAAGAGUUCAAGCUAGAGAAGGACACAGAGCUGAGAUUCGAGGUCGAGACAGGAGGGACCAUUACAUUAGAGCUAUCUGAAGGCCUGGCAGAAGUGUUUGGAACAGAACUGGUCAAGAACAAAAAGUUCACCUUCGGCUCUGGUGCCAAAGUCGCAGUCUUCACCUGGCAUGGCUGCAAGGUCAUCCUCCAUGGUAGGACAGAGUUUGCCUAUGUGUCCAAGGACACCCCGAUGGUGAUGUAUGUAAACACACACGCAGCUCUGGAGCAGAUGAGACAACAGGCUCAGGACCAGGGCAAACGGGGACCAAGAGUGAUGAUCGUAGGACCAACAGAUGUAGGGAAGUCCACCCUCUGUCGUCUUCUCCUCAACUACGCAGUCAGGUUAGGACGCAGACCGACCUUCGUGGACCUGGAUGUUGGUCAAGGGUCCAUUGCUAUUCCUGGGACAAUAGGUGGGAUACUUGUGGAGAGACCAGCGGAUGUGGAGGAGGGUUUCUCCCUACAGGCUCCUCUGAUUUACCACUUUGGCCACGCCUCCCCCGGGGCUAACAUGCAGCUGUAUGAACGGAUCAUUGCCAAGUGUGCGGACGUCUUCAACCAGAGAUGUGAACUCAACAGACAAGCUUCAGUGAGUGGUUGCAUCAUCAACACCUGUGGCUGGGUGAAGGGAGAAGGCUACAAGUCCAUCCUGCAUGCAGCCAGGGAGUUUGAGGUGGAUGUCAUCAUUGUUCUGGACCAGGAGAGGCUCUACAAUGACCUGAAGAGAGACCUGCCAGGCUUUGUGAAAGUUGUACUCCAGCCAAAGUCUGGAGGGGUUGUUGAAAGACCUCAGCCCGUCAGAAGAAGCGCCCGUGAAGACCGUGUGCGGGAGUACUUCUACGGCGUGAGACAGCCGCUGUACCCACACUCCUUUGAUGUCAAGUUUUCUGAUGUUAGCUUAUACCAGGUUGGAGCCCCGGCCCUCCCUGACUCCUGUCUUCCCCUGGACACCCAGCAGGAGAACCCCUACACCAAACUGGUGCACAUCCAGCCAGGAGCACAGAUCGUGCACCAUGUGCUCAGUCUCAGCAUGGCUGAUUCACUAGAGGAUAACCUCAUAGAUACCAACAUUGCAGGAUUCAUCUGUGUUACAAACGUAGACAUGGAGAGACAGGUGAUGACAGUGUUGUCUCCUGCCCCGAGACCUCUCCCAAAGCGAUACAUGCUCCUUACAGACAUCCGCUUCAUGGACUUCAGAUGAACACUGUUUGUUUCUUUAAGACACGUAAUGUCCUUAAGGAUGAGCUUUUAAGUCUGCAGAUGAACUGUCAGUAAAUUACCACAGUAUGUUUAGAAUUGUUGUAUUAUGAACAUUUUAUGUGAUGAAAUAAAAUGUACCCAAAUAGAUAAGGGUCAAUUUUGUCAAUAAAUCAUAAUUCUUGAAAUCCUUUGUUUCACUAGAUCUUUAGGCUUGUGCUUACUGUACUGUACAAAACUGGUGUGUUGGGCAUAACAAUUAUUCAGUAUUGUACAGUAUAUACAAUGUACAAGCUGCAUGCUUUAGUGCAUUGUGCAAAACAUUGCCCCCCAAAAAACAGGAAUUGUCUGUAAUUGUCUUUAAACAUGUGGUAAAUGUUUAAAAAAUGAUUCCUGUCAAAAUUGAAAAAAAGGUAGUUUUGUAUGUUUUCAUGAAAAUGUUUCCUGUUUUCUUACAGUGUCUAUGCCUAUGAUUCUUGUGAUAUCAUGUUGAUAUCUUAACUAAGACUUCUGUUUUUAAACAAUAAUCCAGUAAAUGUUUUGUACUUUUCCAUUCCUUGAUAUACUGUAUUACAUGUUUUAACAGAACAUAUACCAGAGUCAUUCUUCUGUUAUGCAAUGUGUUUCCAUACUGGAAGAAAUACGACAUAACAAUAAUAAAAUCAAACACCCAGGUAA